UUUGUGUUAUAAACAUUAAUUUAGUUUUGUUGAAUUAUUUGUAAAUGCAUGUAUUUUCCGGUUGUCAAUAUACAGCGAUAAACGAUAAAGGAGAAUGUUAAUGCAUUUGCUUUGACAAAGUUUCAAUCAAGACAGCCCUGACUUCAGUGAAACAGUGGUCGAUUAAUGUGGAAUUCAUUGAUACUGUUUGAGUGUGUUAAAAGAAAUGUGAAUCUAUUUUGGAUUUGCGUUAAAUAAAAUAUUGAAAACUUGACAAUGUUAUGAGUAUCACUCGUGGUUUUAAUCAACAACGUUGACAGAGUUUGCCACUUGAUGAACACACAGAGAAGUUCGAACGGACGUUGAGCUAAACAGGUGUUGACUUAUUUCUGUUUAAAAGAUAGAAGUGAAUGGUAGUCAUGGAGACGCUCAACACAUUUCAACCUCGCACAUUUACACCGGCAUUUCUUGGAGGGGAUACGGAAGGAGACAGAUACCGGCCGCGCGCGUACACGCCAGCCCCCGGGGAGACGGCGGGCGGACAGACGGACGGGCAGAAGUUUGUGCCUCACACGUUCACCCCGGCGUACAUAUCGGAGGAACUAGAUGAAAUGUAUGAGGAAGAAGAGCGACAGAGACCCUGGACGACGUACGGGAAGAUGAACGAGUGGACGAAGGCGUCGGGCGGCCGGGACAUGCGUACUGGCGUCCCCGUCACGCGCUCAGACGGAAACUGGAGGAAGCAAGCUACGGAAAACGGGUUAAGACCGAACAACGACAACUUCAAUGUUCGUUUUCGAGAGUCGUACGCAGACCUGACCAAUCAGAUCGCCUACCGCUUCCCCAAUCCAGGACUGCCUAGGUUGCGACAGGGCAGUAUUGGAGGAAGCUGGCGGCACAUCAAGGAGGUACUGGGGCACGGAGGCAGCCGAGUAUGCUACGUGGACGGAUUGGUUGCUAAAUACGAUGAGGAGCAAUUUAACCAGGAUCUGGCGAACCAGUCGACAUACCGUCCGCACCUCCGCCGUCAAGUGUACUCCCCCAACAGGGGCAUCGACUUUCGGUCAAUUAGGCAAGCGCCAAAGGAGGAAAUACACUUGCCCGCUGUCGAGGAGCUGCCGAUGUUGAGCGCCAGCGAGAAGGCCCGGAAGAUGGCCAUACAGAGUCCCAACAAACACAAGGGCAUUUACGCAUAUAACAAGACGCCUGUGUAACCCCCCAGGCCGCCCCACCCUCCUAUGUUGUUCUCUUUUUGUCAUAGACACACAUUAAUCAGUAUUAUAAAAAUUAAGUUCAUCCAAAAUGUCAAAUGUUACUUUGAAUACAACUGUGUUUACACAAAGACUAUUUAUUUGAGUUGAUAUUUCUGAAAUUAAAUAUAGAUUUCUUACAAAUUUGCAUUUUCACCAAAAUAUUGCCAGAGGUAACGACCUUCUAAUCACUCCCCUGCCAAACCGGCGUUCAGCUGUGAUCCCACUGUCAGUAUUAUUGUUGUUAUUUUUUAUUUAGUUUAUUAGAUAGAUUACGCGUAUAAUUCUUGUUGAUUGAUAAAAAUAUAUUUCUAAUAAAUGAGUAUAC